CAGAAGGUAAUACUUUUUUUGUUUACAAUUCAGUUUGCAAUAAGAAUCAACGCGAAAAUUUUCAUUUUAACAUUUUUUAAAAGUUUCCGAUUACAAUCAUGUGGAGUUCAUAUCGACAAGUUUCCCCGGCAAACAAAAUUCGAUAGCUGACAUAUGUUUUCGGUAGUCCGUGUUUAAUGUGACUUCGGUUAGACGAUUUCUGAUUUCGAAUCGGACUGGAUUGUGCUGUGUACACAAAUUCGUUUUUCAAAAACACAGAAGACGCGAUCGACGGGAUCGACAUAAACAAAACAUUCAGAAAGCAAAUCUUGGUGCUAGUGGUAAACAAAGGACGACCCACAUUGGCCGAUUUUUCCUUGUGGCUCUCUAUGUAAGAAUCUCCGCCAACAGGAUGCCCAUCGAAGAAGCACAACAGCAGCAGAAUCAACAGUCGCAUCAAUCGCAGGCACAGUUCUACCAAACCGGCGACCAGAAAACGCCGUCGAAGGCCAGUCUGGACGAGGAGGAAGAGGACGACGAAGAGGAUGAUGAUGAAACGGGCACGGGAGCGGACCAAACGGACGGGGCCCGCAGUUAUUCUAGCACCCAGAUUACCUCUGCCGGUGGGGGUUUCUACGAGGAGGAGGAAGAGGACGAAGAGGAUGAAAUCGAGGAGCACUCGGAGCUGCGACAGUUGUUCGCACCGAUAAUAGAUGCCCAAGCGCAGAGCGAAGACGAAGAAGACGGCGACUACAUUCCGGACGAGGAAGUAAAAAAGACUAUCAUGGUGGGCAGUGACUUCCAGGCUGUAAUACCGGAAGGCCUGUGCCGGUACGAUGACGCGUUGCCUUACGAGAACGAGGACAAACUUCUCUGGAAUCCGACGGUGCUAAACGAAGACUUGAUAGAGGAAUACCUACUGAAGAUUGCCAGCGGAGCCAGUAGCAACACGGGAACACCGCAAACGAACAGCGUUUUUGCGAUUCCUCUAGGGAAACACUUGCGCGACGAUGAGCAGGGACUUUACCUGCUGCAGCAGUGCGGCCACAAUAUCGAGGAAGCGCUCAGAAGGAAACGAAUAAACGCGGUACCCGUGGCCGAACAACAGAUGAGCAUUUGGUCGGAAGAAGAGUGUAGGAAUUUUGAAAAUGGUCUGCGGAUACAUGGGAAAGAUUUUCAUAUGAUUCAACAAUCAAAGGUCCGCACUCGUUCCGUUGGAGAGCUGGUGCAGUUUUACUACCUUUGGAAGAAAACCGAGCGACACGAUCUGUUCGCUAGUAAAGCAAGACUGGAGAAGAAAAAGUACAACCUUCAUCCGGGACUGACCGAUCAUAUGGAUCGCUUCCUGGAGGAGCAGGAGAACAGCACCGGUUUUGGUGAUCGCAGCUCUUCGCCUGGAUUCAGCAGCCUGUACAGUGCCACUUCCGAAGCGAAACGAAGUCGGUUGAUGGAUUCGAAAGCAAGUACAGGAUCUUCAAAGAAGUCUUCUUCGGCACUAUGACUCUCAGGUCCAUUGCUGAAACGGUGCUGAAAGCCGUUUUAUCGGCCCGGUUCCGGUUCUGGUGGGCAAAAAGGGAGUAACUUAGUAUUUACUACAUCAUUCACAGUACAGCACAAAUAUUACAAGAGCGAAAAAAGUACGGCCAGGUAAGACAAAAAAAGCUACCGCAUAAGUUGGUGCUUCUCCUUCCGGAGUGUAAGGAAAGCCUGAGAUAAUGAAUACAAAAAGUAAACUUGUUGAUGCAUGACUCUCGGCAGUGUGCUUCUCUAGUAUCCAGUGGAUAAUCCUUUAUGCAGAAGAAGAACCGUAUUUAACUUAUUCAGUUAUGGAAGUGAUUCACUUUUAUUAACAUAUUUUACGAGCUGAGAAGUAUUUGUUAAUGUUUAGGUCGGUACUGAAUGGAAGUACCAUUUUAGAAUUUUUUUCUUACAACUUUGUUUUAAUUUAACCAGAAGCAAGUUGCAUUUUUGGGAAUAUUGGAUUAUUCUGUUUCUUUGUAUAUUCGUGAACGUAGGCAGGCAAGUGACAAAUGAGAAUAGUUGACUAUAGAACGCAAAUCAUUGAAUCGAUAAAAUUCUGUAUUGUAAAUUGUUUCUAAAUUAUUGAAAUUACACAUACUUAGACUCGAAUCAUAAAGCAGAUUUACGAUCCUACUU